GCAAUUCAUCGACUGGCCGCUUGAGGCUGGCUCCAAAAGGGAGUCAAUUCCCAUAGACUCCCAUGUUAAAAAUAGCCAACUUUACAGUAGAAAAUAAUAUGUUUACAGCCUGGUACAAAAAGUGUUUUUGGCCUAUAUAGCUAAUUUUGCCCUUCAUGACAACUGUGAGGGGAGUGAAUUUUUUUGUAACUCAUCCGUUUAGAUUAUAUUAAGCCUUAAACUUCUGCAUAAUUAAGGGCGUGGCCGCUUGAGUGUCGGUUGAACAGCCACUGCUGUCACUAGACUCGCACUAGGCGGGCGUGGUUUCACCUCAGCUUCACCCAUGUCCCGCCUCUUUACCCAUUUUCGGUUUUCCGCGAGUAAUUCGCGGGGACGCGCGGCCAAGAUGGCGACGGCAGGCAACGCCUACUUUAAGCUUCAAAAGCGAUCUUCACAAACCAAUGGGUGACGUCACGGACACUACGUCCAUAUUUUUUUACGGUCUAUGGUGUAUCCUCAGUGUUAUUCUCUCUUGCGUGUUUCAUUGACUGUAAACAGAGUCUUGUCUCUCUGUAUUUAAGUGUUGAGACGAUGAUGAUGAGUGGGUUGUAUUGAAAUCAGUAGGAACUGAUCUGUCCAUGCUGGAUAUAUUGAUGAUUUCGUCACAGAAAUCUCUCAGCUGAAGAAAGAGGUGGCGUUACUGGAGACAAAGCUGAUAUCAAGAGGAGAUUUAGCAAUGAAUCGAGAGGAUGUGGAUUGUUGUGAAUCUUCAGUGUAUGUGACUGAUGAUGGGAGUCUGGAUUCAGUGUGGAUGAGCAGAGAUCAGAGCCGCACACCACAGACACUGCUGGACUCUAAACUCUCUGAAGAGAAAUCCAGACACACACAGAACUCCGAUCUCAGUCUGACUUUACUCUGUUAUACUGAGUCAAAGCUCACAGACACUCAGGACACUACAGUGUGUGACAGUAAACAGAGCUUACAGGAGGAUCAAACCUCCACAGAGUCUCUGGAUUCUGUCUGUAACGCUGGAGAACAGCAGCAGAUCCUGCAGACCAAACUGAAGAUGUGUUCAGUUAAACUCAUCGACUGCACGAACCUCAUGAUGAAGAUUAAAACUGAACCCACAGAAAUCAAAACUGAACCCACAGAAAUCAAAACUGAACCCACAGAAAUCAAAACUGAACUCACAGAAAUCAAAAAUGAACCCACAGAAGAGGAAGAUCGCACUGAUGAAGAUGAUGAUUUUAUUCCAUCAGAUGUGAAGAGUGAUUCAUGUUUGGAUAUAGAAAUAACGUCCUCAACAUCAAAAGAGCGACUGACAGCACAAACUCUUUCCUGCAUCACCUGUGGAAAGACAUUCAGCUCACAGAGACAUUUAGAGAGACAUGAGAGAAAACACACAGAACAGAAACUCUUCACCAGAUCUGAGAUCAGCUUUACUACCUUACAAGAGAAGAAACUUCAUUCAGAAGACCACAGAGAGAAGAAGAAGAAGAAGAAGCAGUUUCACUGUGAGCAGUGUGGGAGGAUUUGUGUCUCUUCCUCUCAACUAAAGGUUCACAUGAGGAUACACAGUGAUGAAAAGCCUUUCAACUGCACUGAAUGUGGAAAAUACUUCAAAACAAAACAAAAUCUUAAUGUUCAUCAGAGAGUUCACACUGGAGAAAAACCUUUUAAAUGCUCUCAGUGUGACAAGACUUUUUCUCAGUCAGGUCACUUGAAAGUCCAUCAGAGAGUUCAUACUGGAGAGAAACCUUACGUCUGUGAUCACUGUGGAAAGAGCUUCUCUAGUUCAUCUGAUUUCAAAGUCCAUCAGAGAGUACAUACUGGAGAGAAACCUUACGUCUGUGAUCACUGUGGAAAGAACUUCACUAAUUCAUCUCAAUUCAGAGAUCAUCAGAGAGUUCACACUGGAGAGAAACCUUAUCACUGUAGCGUCUGUGGUAAGAGUUUUGGACAACGGGCUUCAUUACUAAAUCACAAGAGAUUUCAUACAGGUGAAAAAACUUUCAAAUGCUCUCAGUGUGACAAAACGUUCGCUUCUUUAGGUUGCAUCAAAUCCCAUCAGAGAGUUCACACUAGAGAGAAACCUUACGUCUGCUCUCCAUGUGGAAAGAGCUUCUCUGAUUCAUCUCAAUUAAGAGUUCAUCAAAGAGUUCAUACUGGAGAGAAACCUUUCAAAUGCUCUCUGUGUAACAAGACGUUUACUUUUUCAAGUAACUUAAUAGUUCAUCAGAGAGUUCAUACUGGAGAGAAACCUUAUCACUGUUAUGUAUGUGGGAAGAGUUUUAGUCAACGGAAUCACUUAGUUAUUCACAAGAGAAUUCAUGAUAAACCUUUCAAAUGCUCUCAGUGUGACAAGACGUUUGCUCUGUCAGGUUCCUUAAAAUCCCAUCAGAGAGUUCACACCGGAGAGAAACCUUAUUACUGUAACAUUUGUGAGAAGAGUUAAUCAACAGUCAAACUUUGUUAAGCACCAGUGACAUUAAUACAAACAACCAAUCACAGUUUGUUUCCUAGCGAAAUGUCCACACAAUAAUUGAAAUAACUUGCCGCAACCAAAGAGUAUAGAAGCACAAGAGGGGAAACUCUCAUUCGUUUUUGGCAUCAGUCACUAAGUGGCGCUUCAGUAGCGCGGCCGCCAUUUUGGAAUGAAAAUUCUGACAGCCAAUUCAUUCUCAGCAAAUCUCACAGCCAAAUCAGAAGCACAAUAUU